GACAGACAGACCUUCCUGGGACAGACAGACCUUCCUGGGACAGACAGAUCCUGGCUCUGGAGCCCAGGAAAGCUGGACCCUGGAGACCUUCCCUCAGUGACGUGGCUGCUCGGACACGGCCUCCCCCUGCUCCUGCUGCAGUAGCAAUGCUAGUGUGCCCACGGAGCUGCAGUGAGGAUCUCUGGGCUCUGGCAGGAGCGCUCCCCGCGCCGGUGCCCAUGGAGUGAGCGGUGCCCGGGGGUGAGCGGGCACAGCAGGACGCUGAAGUUUGGCUGCCCCGGCCCCGCCAAAAUCCCUCCCCGUCCCUCCCGCGCCCCCCGCCCUCUGCCAUGAAUGAUGCGUCGACCAUGGAUUAUGAAAACUGCUCUCCCGCCGUCCCUGGUGAGCACCCGGCGGGCGCCGCGGGCAUGGACGCCGAGCAGAAAACUGUCUUUGCCUUCGUCAUCUUCCUCCUGGUCUUCUUGGUGAUGCUGAUGGUUCGCUGCUUCCGAAUCCUGCUGGACCCCUACAGCCGCAUGCCCGCCUCCUCCUGGACCGACCACAAGGAGGGCUUGGAGAGGGGCCAGUUUGACUUAAAUGCCCUGGUGUAGAGGGCAGGGCUUGGGGCGAGCCCGGGCGCUCCCCGUGCCCCCAGCCCGGGCCC